AUGUUUAUUCGUUCACAAUUGAAUCCAAUGGCUUACGUCAACGCUGUUAAUAGUGGAAAGAAAAACGUUGAACAGAUUUUGUUAUCGCCUGAAUCUAAGCUGCAACUGGUUCCUCUCGGCCCUAAAUUAAUCAAGCAAACUGUCAACAAACAUAAGACCGUCGAUACUGAAGACACUGAAUUGAAAUACAUCCGGCAGGCUGAUGGAACGUUGGUAACUGAGAAGAAGAAAACAACGGAGCAUGAAGAUAUUUUAGACAAAGAUUUACCACCAGACGAUGAUAAUCAAUCAAGUGGCAGCCAAGAGAAAAUAUUAAAGCAUAAAGAAUCAUCACAGCACUUCAAGAAGCAACGUGACGAGCAAGAAGUUGAAUAUGUGUCUGAUGGUAAAGUCAUAGCCAAAGAGAUGAGAUACGCAACGGAAAAUCAAUUCAUGGAACGUGACGGUUCCAAAGAAGAAGAAACUGAUUGGGAUAGUUUGUCAGAUCGUGUGAAAAAAAGUCGUCGACAAUUGCAGAAAACUUUAUUGCAAAAGCAACGUGAAUCGAAUGCCAUCAAUGAACGUAAAGAUGCGUUAACAAAUCGACCUCUGGAUUUUGAUCGCGAAGAAGAAACACGUCGCAAGGAAACUUACAAAUGGUUAGACAGUCACUUUGGAAGUGAAUCGACAUCGAAAGAUUCCAGAGAUGAAUCUAUAUCCGACAUUGUGGUGGAACCAACGAAGAAAUCUUACUUUAACGUCACAAUCAAGUCAAAUAAUCACCACAAUGUGACACACACAAGCAGCAGCAGUAGCUUAAAUAACAACAUCAACAGCAAUAAUAAUAAUCAAAAUAAUAAAAUCACCAGCAUCGCUCAUCGUCAAACGAACAGCACCACGAAAUUAUCAACAGACAAUGAUGUCUUUACUAACAAGCUAUCAGCACCAUCGAAAGUUUACGUCCCAGAACGUGAACCAGCACCAACGAAGCAGAAAUAUUUUCAAGGUGUCAGUGAUUGGUCUGAACGGAAGGAAUCACCGCCACGACCACUUCGAGCUAAUCCAUUAAGCUCAAAAGCUUUCCAAGAAGAAUUAAGCAACACAAUAGAACGGAAACAGAGAUCGAUGAAACUUCAGGGAUCACAAAAUGAUAUUCGAUUGAGUGGAAAGAAGUUUGAAGAGUUCAAGCCAACAAAUGGUCGUCAAAUGUCAUCUCGUGAUGAUGUGCAGAGAUUGCAGAAGGAAGAUUUGGGUUAUUUGAGUGGAUCCCGGACUGAUUUGCGAGUGCCACGUAAGUAUUCCAACGAUGAUUAUGCCGUGCCAAUAAAGAAGAAGACAAAUGGACUGUUGCAUCGUGAAGAUUCAGGAUUUCGUGACUCGAAAGAAGACGUUCGUUCACCGCCACAACGUGAAGAUUCAUUUGGUCAUGAUGAUGUAAAGCAGACAUCGAUUCAACGUGAUGAUUCUGCUUAUGUUUCAUCAUCAACUUAUUUCACGACGCCACGUUCUCCACGUCGUCCCAGGUCGCCUGUCAUUAAGACUCCCGACAGCGGCAUACGAUCACCAGACAAUGAUUUCGAAUCUGAUGAAAUUCAUCAGCCUCCAGCUGUUCCACAACGAAAGAAAGCCAUCGAGCGAAAAAUUCGAGUGCCAACGAAAAACGAAGAUUACGCAAAUUAUCCAGCAAAGCCCAGACGUGAUCCUCCGAUCGAUUAUUCGCCCCCACCACCACGAAGUCGUUCGGUUUCACCUUUGCCACCAAUUCAUCAUGUUUACAGUGACCGUAAAUCUUAUCAGAAAACACGCUUCAGUUCACCACCAUCAACGCCAACAGUUCCGCGUGCAACUCAAACUUCGCCGCCUAAGAAGAAGACUGUCGGUAAUGCUAUCGGAAAUUCACUGAGAAAGCUUGUCGGUAAAAUUCGUUCCGUUAGUGCAGAACGUAAAUUGAAGGCGAAACCAUCAUCCGGAAUAUCUUCCAAGCAGUCGCCUUCACCACUUCCGAUGACACGUCAUAGAUCAGUUUCCCAUUUGCCAUCGACGUCAUCUUAUCAAAGAAACGAUUACGUCAUUGAUGGACACAUCACUGGCAACAAUUAUAAAAAUCGUCCACAGUCAACAUCAACACAAGCAUCAACAACACACAUCAGACGUGAACGAACGCUCGACCAUAUCGAACGCAGUGGUUCAUCAACAACCGAUAACGAGAUGCCGAUAAAUGAACGUACGGUGACAACACAUCAUCAGAAGAAGACGAUGAUAACUAGUCCGAAGCAACGCUAUUACUUGGGUGAAAAUCCCUACGGUGGAUCAAUUUUCGGGAAGGAAAAUAAAUAUCAAAACGGUGUACCGCGCGAUAGUGAAAUUGUGAAACAUAAAAAUUAUUACAACAGCUCUCAAGUUCAUCCACCGGCAAGGCGAUUACGCUCAGAAGAGCCAACAUUUGGAUCUAACGUUAACAGCUUGGGACGAUUCAGCAAAAGCACAAAUCGCCUUACAACGAACGGCACAUCAACACAAACCAAAAAUGGUUUCUCAUCGUCAGCCGCUCUAAAUGAAUCAAACGAAAACUAUCGUAACUCACAAACAUUGCCGCGUAAACUUGAUCAUCAUAAGCAGAAGCCAAUAUCUCAGUCGACGAUCAACGUUUCGAUUGUAAACAACGUUAAAAAUCACCCAGUUCAGAACACGGGACCAGCGAAACCAGCUCGAACAUAUAAAGCGCUUCAACGCAGUAAAAGCUUCAACGUACAUGGAAUGAAUGGAACGAACGAUCCAUCACCAAUCUAUAUGGAGAAACUGACGAACAACAACUACAAAAAUUACUCGAAUGGACACCAUAAGGAGCCCGAUUCUCGUACAUUGCAUGGCGAAGAAGAAAUGACCCAGAAAAACAUAAAAUUUACUGAACGUGAGUCGUCUGGAUCGAAAGGUUCGUCAAGGUCGUCGCCAAUUGUUGGUAAAGAUUCGCCGAUUGGAAUAUUAAGACGUGGUUCGAAUUCAACUGAUAACGACAACUAUUCGGAAACUUACAAAUAUCAGACAAAGUCAAAUGAUCCUUUGAAUCCAACUGUUACCGACACUGUUGAAACAUUCUCGAAGAAAGUUAUUCCAACAGAGAUUGAUCCCCGUACGAAGAAAGAAACGACAAUCGAACGACACGAGAUCAAAAAGGUCACGACAAGUCGUAACUUUGGGACGCCAUCACCAACUCAUGUUCCAAGCUUGAAGUAUUAUGAUGUGAAUCACAAUAAGAAUGGUAACGGUGGAGUUGAUGAGACAAUUGGAGUCGUGGAUCCCACAUUAAGAGAGAUUUGGGAUGAACAUUUGGUUAGAUUUUAA